GGUGUUAUUGUUUCUGGAUACCGAUCAGAGAACAGCACUACCAAGAUGGAAAAUAUUACUGCAUUUUGUGCUACUUAGUUAUAAUGUAUCAUGGUGUGAUAUGCUGUCAAUAUUUUUUACAUAAGACAAGCUAGAUCCAACUCUGUCAAUUUAAAUAGAGCUAUUGGGCAGUGGAUCAUUCAGAACUGAAAAUAUCUAGAAUCAAAGAUUAGAGGAAAAUAUAACUAAGCAAUUAAAAGAAAUACAAGGUUUUGUAACUGCUUUACCAGUGCAGCAAGGAAGGAGAAUUGAACACAUUUCAUUUCAGUAUUCCACAUUUUUCACUUGUCACUUUAAUAUUACUGUCCUCCCCUGACAAAAAAAGCCCCAAAGCAAAAACCAGAUUAGUAUUCCAAUAACCUUCAUCACUGUCUUGAAGCCCAAGAGAGUAUGCAUUUCCAAGAGCCAUGAUCCAAGUGUCAGAAUAUUACUUUUUUGUUGUUCUGCUACAACAUAAAUUGAAUGGAAGAAAAUAUUUAAUGGCUCAGAAGCACCAGCAAUCAAAUCUUAUUCACUGUUUAAGUCAAACAUUAAUAGACUUAUGAGUGGAAGAUUGUCUAACAUGUAGAAUUUUCUUUUGACUUACUUUGCAGCAUGGCGACAAAAUUUUACCAGCACGCCCUUGCCUUGGCCUUUGCUGUGCAUGAGAUCAAUCAAGAUCCACAGAUCUUGCCUAAUGUUACUCUGGGGUUUCAUAUCUGUGAUAGCUAUUACGAUGCAACCAUGACCUAUCGGAGCACUCUGGAUCUGCUCUUCAAAUCCCAUCAAUUUUCUCCCAAUUAUAAGUGUGAUAAACAGAGGAACCUGAUAGCUGUCAUUGGAGGGCUUGGUGCUGCCACCUCUUCUCAUAUUGCAAAACUUUUAGAUUUCUACAAGAUUCCACAGGUAGGAUCUGAUCUUGAAAUAUUUGCUCAAAUAACCAAUAGAGAUUGGAGAUACUUGUUAUUAAGCAUAAGCCAAAUGCAAUGUCAUGAAUUACUCAAAUAUUGUAUUCCAUCAUUCCACUGUAACUUGAUCCUAGCCAAUGGUUUGUUGACCGAAAUAAAGGCUACUGACAUCAUCUAUGGCUCAUUUGACCUGCAAGAGCUUAAAACAACUCAUUAUUCUUCAUUUUAUUCCAUGGUCCCAAAAGAAUCUCAUCAGAACAUUGGGAUUGUUCACUUGCUUCAAUAUUUUGGAUGGAUUUGGGUUGGCAUCUUUGCUGUUGAUAAUAACAGUGGACAGCAUUUCUUGCAGAGCCUGGAACCAUUGCUUCAUGAAAAUGGGAUCUGCGCAGCCUAUACAAAAAGGUUACCCUAUAUAGCACGUUUGGAUAAAAUGGAAGAGCAUAUAGAAAUAUGCUACAGCAUUUAUAAACAAUUAAAAAAUGAUAUACAUGUAGUUAUUAUCUAUGGUGAAUCAUUGACCAUUGCAGCUCUAAGAUUCAUCUUAACUCUGGGAGGCAUUGAAAAUGAAAAGUUAUAUUUUAAGAAGGUGUGGAUCAUGACUGCUCAACUAGAUUUCAUGUUAACUGGCCUCUUAAGAGGUUGGGAUCUUCAGAUAUUCCAUGGUGCCAUCGCUUUUGCAAUCCACUCAGAGGAUACUCCAAAUUUCAGUGAAUUUCUAAAGACAAUAAACCCUCACUGGAACAAAGGAGACAGAUUUAUUCAGGUCUUCUGGGAACAAGCAUUUGACUGUUUCUUUCCAGAGUCUUGGGAGCAAACAGAAGUCAUGGGGCAAUGUACUGGGAAAGAGAAGCUUGAGGAUAUAUUUAAGCCUCUGUUUGAAAUGAGCAUGACUGGACACAGCUACAGUGUCUAUAAUGCUGUCCACAGUGUGGCUCGAGCUUUGCAUGAUAUGUGCUCUUCUCAAUCCAACUACAACAGAGGGAAAUAUACCUCCCAUACAAAUAAGAGAGGGAAUACAGUCAAAAUGCAAACUCUGCAGGCUUGGCAGCUCCAUCCACUUCUUCAAAGCAUUUCGUUUAACAACUCUGUAGGAGAGCGAGUAUCCUUUGAGCAUAGAAUGGAAACAGGGGGGAAAUUUGAUAUUAUUAAUUUGGAGACACUGCCUAACAAUUCCUUCCAGAGAAGAAAAGUUGGAAAAGUGGACCCAAAUGCUCCUCAAGGUGAACAAUUCACCAUUGAUGAAAGUAUGCUGGUGUGGCAUCCAGGAUUUAAACAGGUACCUCCCUUUUCUUUAUGUAAUGAGCGUUGUCGGCCAGGUUGUCGGAAGAAAAAAAAGGAAGACCAACCAUUCUGCUGCUAUGAUUGCAUUCUAUGUCCAGAUGGAGAAAUCUCAAAUUCAACAGAUAUGGAUGACUGUUUCAGAUGCCCAGAAGAUCAUUAUCCCAGCAAUGGCAGAAACACAUGUAUCCCCAAGAAUAUAACUUUCUUGUCUUAUAAAGAUCCCUUAGGGAUCAGUUUAUCUGCCAUUGCUGUUUCUUUUGUCCUCAUCACAAUAUUAGUACUACAAAUAUUUAUUAAGCACAAAGAUACCCCAAUAGUCAAAGCCAACAAUCGAAAUCUCAGCUACAUUCUUCUCAUCUCCCUCCUGCUGUGCUUCCUCUCUCCUUUUUUGUUCCUUGGCCAACCAGAAGAAGUACGCUGCCUUCUCAGGCAACCAACUUUUGGCAUCCUCUUCUCAGUGGCUGUAUCAUGUGUGUUGGCAAAAACCAUGAUUGUUUCUUUGGCAUUCCUAGCCACAAAGCCUGGAUCUUGGAUGAACAAGUGGGCAGGCAGAAGAUUACCUUAUUCCAUUGCCGUUUCUUCUUGCCUUAUUCAAGCAAGCAUUUGUAUAGCAUGGUUAGCAACCUCCCCUCCAUUCCCUGAUGUGGACAUGCACUCUGCACAUGAGGAAAUCAUCCUGCAAUGCAAUGAAGGGUCUGUCACCAUGUUUUACUGUGUCCUGAGCUACAUGGGCUUCUUGGCUCUUGCCAGCUUCAUUGUAGCCUUCCUGGUUCGCAAGUUACCUGAUCGUUUUAACGAAGCCAAGUUUAUUACAUUCAGCAUGCUGGCCUUUUGUAGUGUUUGGAUUAGCUUUGUCCCCACGUACCUAAGUGCAACUGGAAAAGCCAUGGUGGCUGUGGAAAUCUUCAGUAUCUUAACCUCUGGUGCUAGUUUACUAGGUUGUAUCUUCUUCCCUAAAUGCUAUAUCAUUGUAUUGAGGCCUGGGCUGAACAACAGGAAACACCUCUUGAGACAGUUUUAGGUAAUGUCCAUGGUAUUACUUUGGAUGGGGUUAGACUAUGAGGAAUGGCAAAAACAUGCAAGAGGUUGAAAUAGGUAUAAUCACUUCCACAACUUUUGAAUAUGCACUUUAACUACAUAUGUUCUUUAAAAUGUUUAUAUCUCGUGUUUUAAUAGAGUUUAAUAGUGUUUUUAAUUGAUGUUGUUAUUGUUUUAUUGUUUUAUGGUUUUUGUUAUUGUUUUAUUGAAUGUGUUUUGGGCAAUGGAAUUUUGCCGACUGUUGUAAGCUGCCCUGAGUCCCUACAGGUAAGAAGGGCGGCGUAAAAGUGAUGUAAAUAAAUAUUAGCUAUGCUGGAUAGAUGGAUGGGAGUUGCCAUCCAAUAAUAAUUGGAAGGCUGUAGUCCCUAUCUCAGUCCAGCCCCCAGUCCUAGUUUGAUAAUAUGAUAAUUUGUUUCUCUUUUUUUUUGCAGAACUUUUAAGCUAUGAUAUUAUUCUAUAAAGAAAUGUUUACUCCUAUUACAGAAAUUUCUGGUGGCAGGAAAAAGCUAAAGAAUGGCAGUCAGAGUUCGAAGAAGUUCACAUAAUUAUGGGUGUGCUUGUUAAAAAUGGUGAAAAUACAAUAACAUCCUGCAUUAAAAUAAAAGCAGCAAUAAUCAUAAAGCAUAAUAAUGGUGCAACAACUGAAGCUGUUUAGCAAUGUGAUAGCCAUAAAUACAAUGCCAAGAUCAUAAAUGAAAUAGGGUUGUUGUAUGUCUUUCGGGCUGAAAUUACGAAGUCGAAUAUAGCAUGCAAUUAAUUUCAUAAGCAAAGGGGGAAAUGCAUCGUAUUCAUUGAAUGAAAAAAUAGCAGUAAGGACAAAAUCCUGUUAGUGAUGUGUGUGGACAUGUGACACUUAUUCUGGUGUAUGACUCUUUUUGGAAGGAGUUCAGCACAAAUCCUAAAGGCCCCUCUUGCAACAGCUGUAAACCUCAAAAACUGUCAUUGCUUUGACCACUUUGAAUGGGUGGGA